CCGCCCGUCCCCAUCUCCUCCCCGAUCCCGGCGCCGCCCGCCCCCAUCUCCUCCCUCACUCCCGGUGCCGACCCCGCCCCCACCUUCUCCCUCACUCCAUAGCCCGCGCCCGCGUUCUCCCCCCAUCUCGUCUCAUCUCCGAUCGCUGCAGAGGAGCCCCGUUUCGCGCCGCCACCAUGGUUGGCCUGCAGCGAGCAGCAGAGGACCUAGCCGCCGCGUCCGACCUCAACCGCCGCCCGAAACCCUAGCCCCUCCUUCCAACGGCAGGUCAAGCCAGCAGGAUCCCCUCCAAGAACAGCAUUUGAUGCGCCCGACUCAUCUCCGCCCCAUCCUUCCGACCGCAAAGGGAGAUAGGACAUGGCGGAAACAAAACUGCACGGCGAUGUGCAUUUCUGCAACACAUCAGGCCUACAUUUUCCAUUGCCCUGGACUUAUGAACGGAAGAAAAAGCAACAUGAAGUUCCUGUCUGCAUCAAACUGCUUUCACUUAUAUUCUGCCGAAUUUCUUCCUUCUAUGGGACUGUACAUGGGGAUUAUGUACAAGGGUUAUGUCCUCUGCAGGUAGAUUAUCUUAUAGGACAGGCGAAAUGCAACAGAAGAAGCUCCUCCGCUGCUACUCGCCAAACUCCAAGCAAAAAGGACCUUCCACUUUCCUUGCUAAUGGGGCCUCAGUUUGUUCGGAAUCAGAUACAACCAUUUGAUCCAUUAUUGUUCGUGGGCAUCAUAUUUAAAAUUUUUUUUUUGGAUUUUGUAAAGUUUGCGGUUAAUAAGCUGGUGAGAGCUGAUGGUUCAGUUAGAUCCUGCAUUUUCUUGACCUCUUUCUCUGUCAGGAGGAUAUUCAAUACCAAGAUUUAUGAUUUGGCAUAAGUGAGAUGACAUACAAGUGAGUUUAAUUCGUGAGACUGAAAUAGCAGCAGUUUUCUUAUCAUACCGCCGGCAGCUGCGCCUCAACUGCAGAAAAAGAAAUCUUGAAGAACCAAGACCACCACCAGCUGGAAGAAGGAGGCGUCGUGGGCGGCCAAUGCCCUCCUUCGCCUUGAUGGAGGCGGCGGAUCAACACGAACAUAGAGGAAGGGAUCUGGGUGGAGAGUUGGGCAGUUUUGCAGGGUCUCCUGGAUGGUCCAUGGAGAAGUUCGGUAUGAAGGAGAGAGGGUGCUAGCGAAGGCGAGGUGGGCGUCAUCCGGUUUUAAAUGAGAGGGCUCCAUCAAGAAAUGUCACGCUACGAUGAAAAUCGAGCAGGAAGGGAAUGGUCUGACAAGAAGAGGAAAGGGUGUGUCGUGAGGUGGAUUUUUUUUUUGUGUUGGGCCCUCUUUUUGUUGGAGAUAACAUGAUGAAUAGUCCGGACAACCAUAUUUUUCCUUCAUAUAUGGUAUGUAUUUGGGGAAGGCUGAACUGUCUAGCUGGUUUAAUUUUGGGGUGCCGGCUGAGCACCCAUUUGAUGUCAAAACACCUUCGGACAUGGGAAGGAUAUAUGAGCUUCAAUG